AUGGAAAGGGGAGUUUUGUGUGAAAUAAGAGCGGGAAAAUGUGUGUUAAACGAAAAACUAGUGUCGCCAGACCUGAGAAAAGGAUCCUUGAGACUGUUCAGAGGAGACGACGAGUUGUUGUCAGUUCAGUGGUUAACCAGAGAUGAUUCAAAGGUAGAGGACACCUUCUACGUAUUCGACGACGCGUUCCUGGAAAGGGUGCCUGAGUGCAGUACGGGUGAAGUAUAUGUGCUGAAGUUCACCAGCAAUAGCCACAGGUCGUUCUACUGGAUGCAGGAGCCAAACACCGCAACGAUUAAGAGUUUCGUCGACUCGUUCAAUAAAACAACGGGAUUCCUCAAAUGA